AAAAAUCCCUAGAACAUUAUGUCAAAACAGCUGAUUACAGAAACUGAUGAAAACGAAAAUUCAUAUUAAUUGAAAAGCGACUGAAAAGUAGGUUAAAAAAGGUCAAAUAUCAGUCGUGUCAUUGUCAAGUUUCAAUAAACGAUUAUAAUUAUUUCAGUGAAAUACAAUUGUCAAGCGUGAAUUUUUCAACUUAACAGAUGUUUAUUGUAAGAAAUGUCACAAAUUGAUAUUCAGGAUUUAUUUGAUAAAAGCAGCAUGUAAUAGUAUGUGUACCCGGCGCGUCGACGUCCUUCAGUCAAUAAAAUUGUUAUCAGAUUUAAUUGUUUAUUACAAUAAUCACAUUCAGCAAAGCAAAAAAUAUAUAAGCAUUUUAUACAUUAUGAGUACAAAUACAAAGAGAACAAUUUACGUAGGAGGUUUAGCUGAAGAAGUUGAUGAAAAAGUAUUACAUGCAGCAUUUAUACCUUUUGGAGAAAUUGUUGAUGUACAAAUACCAUUAGAUUAUGAAUCAGAAAAACAUAGAGGAUUUGCUUUUAUUGAAUUUGAAAGUGCAGAAGAUGCAGCAGCAGCAAUUGAUAAUAUGAAUGAUUCUGAGUUGUUUGGACGAACAAUCAGAGUAAAUAUUGCAAAACCACAGAAAAUAAAGGAAGGUUCAUCGAAACCUGUUUGGGCUGAUGAUGUAUGGUUACAAGAACAUGCAGGUGAAACACUUAAAAAUGAUGAUAACGCAAAAUCAAAUGAUAUAGUACAACCUAAAAAAGGAAAACAAAAUCCUCAAGUAUAUUUUGAUAUUAGUAUUGGAAAACAAGAAUUAGGUAGGAUUAUUAUGAUGUUAAGAGCUGAUAUUGUACCAAAAACUGCUGAAAAUUUUCGUGCUCUUUGUACUCAUGAAAAAGGAUAUGGUUAUCAAGGAAGUACUUUUCAUAGAAUUAUCCCAGAAUUUAUGUGCCAAGGAGGAGAUUUUACAAAUCAUAAUGGCACAGGAGGAAAAUCAAUUUAUGAUAAAUUUGAUGAUGAAAAUUUUGAAUUGAAACAUACAGGACCUGGUACAUUGUCAAUGGCAAAUUCUGGUCCAAAUACAAAUGGAUCACAAUUUUUUAUAUGUACAGCACGUACAGAUUGGUUAGAUGGAAAACAUGUAGUAUUUGGUCAUGUUCUUAGUGGUUUGGAUGUUUUAAAAAAAAUAGAAAAAUGUGGAACAAAAUCAGGCAUCCCUAUUCAAAAAGUUAUUGUAACAGCUUGUGGAGAAUUAACUUAAACAAUUUAAAAAAAAUUAUAAAUUUUUAAUAAAUAAAAUUAUAAAAAGAAA